UUUCAUUGCAGAAUUUAAAUAAACACUCAAAGAUGCAUCAAAUAUCGACCAUUUGUGUCACGUUGGUUAUCGUUUCUGUGCUGGUGCAGAGUACGAGCGGAAAACGAGGCUGUGCCGCUUUUGGUCAUGCAUGCUACGGAGGGCAUGGUAAGAGAUCAUCCGCCACUUCGCUAUACCCGGAAGGUCUCGAUCCCUCCAUGGUCGGGUUAGAAGUGCUUCCCAUUCCUUACUCGAAGCUGGCCUUGGACAAAUCGCGAUCGAUGGACUCGGCACCAGAGGUGAUGCGCCCUAACAAUGGAUACGCUCUUGAUUUAGCUGCUCCAAGCCAUCGCACAGACACGCGGGCAGGAGAGCUUAAGUACGCUAUCUACGCAAUGCUAAGACAAUUGAUGGAAGAGUCGGCCAUCAAUCGACAGGAGCAAACGCAUCAACAGCAACAGGUGCAAUCGUUGAACGCACCAUUCCCGCACGACGCUACGAGUGUUGGCGAUAUCGAGCGAAAGUAAAACCUGUUGACUGCAGUAUUAGAAAACUUCCUUCGAGUGUGA